GUCAACAAAAACAACUGGUGAACCCACUACAACUGUUACUGGGGCAUCAACAACAACUGGUGAACCCACUACAAUCAUCUCUGAGGUAACAAAAACAACUGUUCAACCCACAUCAACAGUCACUGGUGUGUCAACAACAACUGGUGAACCCACAACAACAGUCACUGCUGUGUCGACAACAAUGGUGACAGAUGUACCAAUUACAACAUUAACAGGUGCAUUGACAACAACUGGUGACCCCACCACAACCAUCACUGAGUCAACACAAACAACUGGUGAACCCACCACAACUGUUACUUUGCCAUCAACAACAACUGGUGAACCCACUACAACCAUCACUGAGUCUACAAAAACAACUGGUGAACAAACUAGAUCAGUCACUGCUGUGUCGCCAACAACUGUUGAACCCACUACAACUGUUACUGGGGCAUCGACAACAACUGGUGAACCCACUACAACCCUCAGUGGUGUGUCGACAACAAUGGUGACAGAUGUACCAAUUACAACAUUAACAGGUGCAUUGACAACAACUGGUGACCCCACCACAACCAUCACUGAGUCAACACAAACAACUGGUGAACCGACUACAACUGUCACUGUUGUGUCAACAACAACUGGUGAACCCACUACAACUGUUACUUUGCCAUCAACAACAACUGGUGAACCCACUACAACCAUCACUGAGUCUACAAAAACAACUGGUGAACAAACUAGAUCAGUCACUGGUUCAUCUACAACAACUGGUGAACCCACUAUGACCAUCUCUGAGUCAAUCAAAACAAUUGUUCAACCCACAUCAACAGUCACUGCUGUGUCAUCAACAACUGGUGAACCCACUACAACUGUUACUGUUUCAUCAACAACAGCUGGUUCUUCCACUACAACCAUCACUGAGUCAACAAAAACAACUGGUGAACCCACUACAACUGUCACUGUAGUAUCAACAACAACUGGUGAACCCACUACAACUGUCACUCGUGGGUCGACAACAACUGGUGAACCCACUACAACUGUUACUGGGGCAUCAACAACAACGGGUGAACCCACUACAACUGUUACUGGGGCAUCAACAACAACUGGUGAACCCACUACAACUGUCACUCGUGGGUUGACACCAACUGGUGAACCCACUACAACUGUCACUCGUGGGUCGACAACAACUGGUGAACCCACUACAACUGUCAUUGAUUCAUUAACAACAACUUCUGAACCCACUACAACCGUAAUUGAUUCAUCAACUACAGCUGGUGAACCCACUACAUCCGUCACUGAGUCAACAAAAACAACUGGUGAACCCACUACAACCGACACUGGUGUGUUGACAACAACUGGUGAACCCACUACAAUAUUCACUAGUGUGUUGACAAAAAUGGUUACAGCGUCACCCACUACAUCCGUCACUGGUACAUCAGCAACAACGGCUACAGCUGCACCCACAACAACCGUCACUAGUGCAUCAAAUGUCAACACAACGACAACGGCUACUCCUGUCAUCACUACUGCCAUCGUCACAGCCACGACAACUGCAACUACCGCUGUUGCAAUCACUAGGGUUCCUGUGGUGUUCAGGUCCAGAGGAGAGACAUUUACCUCUGACCUAUCAAACCCAUCAUCUCAGGCCUUUCAAACAAGAGCAUUACUGAUUAAAACUCAGCUUGAACCUUUCUAUCGAUCGGCUUUCACCUCUUUCAACAGUUUGGAUGUGACAGAAUUCAGCUCUGGAUCCAUCAUCAAUACUGUAAAUGUAGCAUUCAGCUCCCCCUCUGUCCCUAAUAUCACAGAGAUUGGCACUGUUUUGAUAAAUGCUGCGCAAAACAUCACAGCUUUGGAAAUUGACCCCAACUCAGUGACGGUCAACAGCACAGCUGAAGCCACAAAAACUCUUACCAGUGCAAUAGCAACGAGUGGCUUAUCGACAAGAACUGGUGAACCCACUACAUCCGUCACCAGUGUGUCGACAAUGAGUGGUGCAUCAACAACUGCUGUUACAGCCGAACCCGCUGCAACUGUCAUUGAUGCACCGACAACAACAGGUGAACCCACUACAACCAUAACUGAUUCAUCAACAAUAACUUCUGAACCCACUACAACCAUCACUGAUUCAUCAACAACAACUGGUGAACCCACUGAAACAUUGACAUUAACUAGUGAAUCCACUACAACAGUCACUGGUGUGUCGGUAACAAAGUUUACAGCUGAACCCACUACAAACGUCACUGGAGCAUCAACAACAACUGGUGAACCUACUUCAGCCGUCACUGGUGUGUCGACAACAAGUUACGAAUCCACAACUACUGUUACUGCAGCACCCACUACAACCGUCAUGGGUGUGUUGACGACAACUACUAGUGAACCCAUGACAACCAUUACUGGUCCAUUGACAACAUCUGGUGAACCCACUACAACCAUCACUGGUGUGUUGACAACAAUGGUUACAGCUGUACCAAUUACAACUGUCAAUGAUUCAUCAACAACCAUUGGUGAACCCACUACAACCGAAACUGAUUCAUCAACAACAACUGGUGAACCCACUACAACCAUCACUGGUGUGUUGACAACAACGGUUACAGCAGUACCAAUUACAACUGUCACUGGUGUGUCAACAACAACUGGUGAACUCACAACAACCAUCACGGGUGUGUCGACAACAACGGGUGAACCCACAACAACCAUCACUGGUGUGUCGACAACAACUGGUGAACCCACUACAUCCGUCAUGGGUGUGUUGACGACAACAGUAACUGGUUCAUCGACAACUACUAGUGAACCCAUGACAACCAUUACUGGUCCAUUGACAACAUCCGGUGAACCCAAUACGACCGUCACUCGUGUGUCGACAACAACUGCUGAACCCACUACAACCAUCACAGGUGUGUUGAAAACAACGUUUACAGAAGUACCCAUUACAACUGUCACGGGUUUGUCGACAACAACUGGUGAACCCACUACAACCAAAACUGAUUCAUCAACAACAACUGGUGAACCCACUGCAACCAUCACUGGUAUGUCAACAAUGAGUGGUGCAUCAACAACUACUACAACAGCUGCACCCACUACAACUCUCACUGAUUCAUCAACAACAACGAUUACAGUGGCACCAACUACAGCCGUCACUGGUGUGUCGACAACAAGUGAUGCACCAACAACUACUGUUACUGCAGCACCCACUAAAACCGUCAUGGGUGUGUUGACGACAACUGGUGAACCCACUACAACAAUCACUGGGCUGUCGACAACAACUGUGUGUUGA